UCUCCUCUGAUCUCCGGCCACCCACCCACCAAUGCCCCUCUCUCCUUUUCAGCAAAGUCUGCAUCUUUGAGCUCUUAGAACCACAAAAAUGAUAAGCCUUUCAGACUUGUACCAUGUUCUCACUGCAGUUGUUCCACUCUAUGUAGCCAUGAUCCUUGCUUACGGCUCUGUCAAAUGGUGGAAGAUUUUCAGCCCCGACCAAUGCUCCGGCAUAAACCGUUUCGUUGCUCUCUUUGCGGUUCCACUUCUCUCUUUUCACUUCAUCUCCACCAACAACCCUUACGCCAUGAAUUACAAGUUCAUUGCUGCAGACUCACUCCAAAAAGCCAUUGUUCUUGUGCUGCUUGCAAUAUGGUCUAGAAUCAGCUCAAGGGGUUCUUUGGAAUGGUCCAUAACACUCUUCUCUCUCUCAACUCUCCCUAACACACUCGUCAUGGGGAUUCCAUUGUUGAAGGGUAUGUAUGGUGAUUCAUCAGGGAGCCUCAUGGUUCAGAUUGUGGUGCUUCAGUGUAUCAUAUGGUACACUCUCAUGUUGUUCUUGUUUGAGUAUAGAGGUGCCAGGUUACUCAUAGUGGAGCAGUUCCCUGAUACUGCAGCCUCUAUUAUCUCAUUCAAGGUUGAUUCUGAUAUUAUUUCUCUUGAUGGCAAGGAACCUCUUCACACUGAGGCUGAGGUUGGUGAAGAUGGCAAGUUGCACGUCACUGUCAGAAAGAGCACAAGUUCAAGGUCUGAGAUUUUCUCUAGGCGUUCACAUGGUGCUGUUUCAAUGACUCCACGCGCUUCUAACUUGACCAAUGCUGAGAUAUACUCUCUUCAAUCCUCUAGGAACCCUACACCUAGAGGCUCUAGCUUCAACCACACUGAUUUUUAUUCUAUGGUCAAUAAUGGGAGGAAUGUUAGUCCAAGGCAGUCAAAUUUUGGCAACUUGGGGUUUGAUGAGGAAAAUGGUAGAGCUGUGUAUUCUUCUCAUGCUGCUGGUGCUGGGGUGUAUCCUGGUCCUACAAGUGCAGGGAUCUUUUCACCUGUGACAGGUCCUGGGGCCAAGAAGAAAGGUGGCGGUGGUGGUGGUGCUGAUGGUGGGGGAAAGGAUCUUCACAUGUUUGUUUGGAGUUCAAGUGCUUCUCCUGUCUCAGAAGGUGGAAUCCAUGUCUUCAGAGGUGGAGAUUAUGGAAAUGAUCAUCUUGGUGGGGUAGCUCACCAGAAAGAUUAUGAAGAGUUUGGGCACGAUGAGUUCAGCUUUGGUAACAGAACAGUUGCUAAUGGUGUUGACAAGGAAGGGCCAGUGCUUUCAAAGCUUGGUUCAAGUUCCACAGCUGAGCUUCACCCCAAAAAUGGAGCUCAAGGUGAGUCCAAACCAACCAACAUGCCACCUACUAGUGUUAUGACAAGACUCAUCUUGAUCAUGGUUUCGAGGAAGCUGGUUAGGAAUCCCAACACUUACUCUAGCCUAAUUGGCCUCACAUGGUCUUUGAUCUCAUUCAAGUGGAAUGUUGUUAUGCCUGCCAUUGUUGCCAAAUCAAUAUCAAUUCUAUCUGAUGCAGGCCUUGGCAUGGCCAUGUUUAGCCUUGGGCUAUUUAUGGCAUUGCAACCAAAGAUCAUUGCCUGCGGAAACACGGUCGCAUCAUUCGCCAUGGCGGUUCGUUUCCUCACCGGCCCUGCAGUAAUGGCUGUAGCAUCAAUUGUGGUAGGACUAAGGGGAGUUUUGUUACACAUUGCCAUUGUACAGGCUGCCCUGCCUCAAGGAAUUGUACCCUUUGUGUUUGCUAAGGAAUACAACGUUCAUCCUGAUAUAUUAAGCACGGGGGUUAUAUUUGGGAUGCUAAUUGCUCUUCCUAUUACUCUAGUUUAUUAUAUUUUGUUGGGGCUGUGAAGAAGCUGAGGACAGGGGAGGAAUGACUAAUUCUAGUGGUGUUACAUUUACAUUUACACCCUUUUGUUAUAUUAAUAUUAUUAUAGGGUAAUUUUUUUUUACCAUCCUCUAACAAUGUAGAAUUUGGAAGCUUAGUCAGAGUUGGGAAUGAAUGAAGUGUGUUUGUAGAGAGAGCUUAAUAGCUAUAAUUUAAUUACUACUAAAUAGGAAAAGCUUUGUGCUUGGGGCAUGUUUUUGCCUUUUAACUAUGGAACCCCACUCUUGUUAUAUUUUGCUUGGUUUAAUGGAAAAAAAAAGAGAGAAAA